AUGGAGCAAUCAAUUCCCCAAACUAUGCAUCAAGCCAUCAUCAAGCCUGACCUCAGCGUUGACUUUGAGUCCGAUGCUCCCAUUCCACAGCUCAAGGACGACGAGAUUCUUGUUCGCGCUGUCUUCGCUGGCGUCAAUCCCAUCGAUUGGAAGGGUGCAAAUGAGGAGCAGAGUGUUGCCUUACAUGGCUUGCUCAAGUCUCCCGUCCAUCGAGCGCCAGGAAAAGACUAUGUGGGAUAUGUUGUUGCCGUUGGCAAAGAAGCAUAUCAAUUCCAUAUCGGCGACCGAGUCAUGUGCGUGAACCACAGCUCCGGAUUUGCAGAGUACUCCGUUGGGAAGACCUUUGCCAGUGCUAUCACACCGGGAACUGUGUCCUUUGAAGAUGCACUCACCUUCGGCCUCCCAUAUCUCACCGCAUCCUUGCUUGCAUUCAAAGACAAGCCUCUGCCAACGCCAUGGAACCCCGCCAAUGGCAAUACAAGGACUCCAUUCAUCGUCUAUGGAGCAUCAUCCUCUGUAGGGGCUUUCGUCGUCAAACUUGCAAAGCUCGCCAACAUUCACCCUAUCAUCGCUAUUGCUGGAUCCAGCGCCGAAUCAAUCAAGAGCGUGAUAAACCCAAGCAAGGGCGACGUCAUCGUGGACUACCGUCAAGAGGAAGACGCACUCAUUCGUGCAGUGCAUCAAGUCGCCAACGAUGCUCACUACGCCGCCGACGCGAUCGGGUCUCCUAAGACAGGCGAACUGUGCGCAAGGCUCGUCAACCCGCACGACUCCAUCGUGACAUCUUCCGUCGGCGAUCCUUGGGACGAUACCCUCAAAGACCGUGUACCUCCCGGCGUACAGCUCCAAAUCGCAUUCUCGCCCGGCGUGUUCGAGCCGAAUGAUCCUGAUGGACCAGAUGGAGAGGAUAGUCCAAACCAUGGGCGGAAGGCUUUUGGGCUGACGGCCAUGAAUUAUCUCUCGUACGCCCUGCAGAAUGGCAUUCUGGCCCCCCAUCCUUAUGAAGUUCGCGCGAAUGGGGUUGAUGCUCUGGCAGAGGCUUUGCUCGCGCUCAAGGAAGGGAGAAACAAGGGCAAGCGGUAUCUGCUGGAGAUGGGUGCGACGAAGUGGUAA